AUGGCCACCGUCAAGCCUUGUAUCUCGUACGGCGCCGGCCUCAUGUUCCUGCGCGCCGUUCCGGCAGCCAGACGCGAUACGGCGGACGGCAGACGAGCAGGAUGCGCGUGCUCGGGAGCAGCACUCGCCGUUGGCUCACGCUUCUGGCCAGUGCUCGUCGCCCGCAGCCAUCAACGACUGCAUCAGGACGAGGACCGCGUCUGUAGAGAUGGCAGCUGA